GAGCAAAGAGGCAGGCUAGGGUUACUGCCAUGCAUCUUCCAACUGCAGUCAUAGGAAAGUGGCAAGGAAUUGCUUUCGUGUGAAUUGAUUUUUACUAGGGGAAAUAGAAGUGAACUUUGAUGCCAUCUGAGCUAUCAGAAGAAUUUAUGACGUCUUAAGAUAGAAGGCAAGUUUUUAGAUUGAGACUCAACAUCCCAAAAGCCUUGCUGAGGAUACCAAUGUCAUCCGGGUCUGGCAGCACGAGAGAGUAUGAAAGUAGUGGCCAGUCACAGAGCCAUUCAGCUUCCCCACCAGUCCCAGAGUCCAGUGAGACUGAGACUGAAGGUUUGAUAUUUUAUCACAUGGAUCUUUAUGGAUCAAAGGAGAGGUUUGAUAUCUUUCCUGAAGAGCUGCCUGGUCGAGGAGACAGAUCUCUGGGGGAUACAAGAAGGGAAUCUGUAUUGAGUAGUGAAAAAGUUCAGCACUCACAAGAAAUUGGCUAUGACAUGGAAAAGGAGGUUGCAGAGUUGGCUAAGAUGUAUGGACUUGAUGAGGAUAGAGAAAAAGAGCUUGAGCUUCUUGGAGGACGUGUGGAGAUGGAGAGCAGAUGGCCACCUGCUCGCACACAAAAAGCAGGAUCACAACGCUCCAUAUAUAACGCAUCAAAAAGCAGCACUUCAGUGAAAGAUCAAAGUCAAAGCACAAAGCAACAAGGACUUCCUGGUGAGGCUUCUCAAGAUGAAGAUCAGAGCAAAACCAGAGCAGAUGAUGAGGCUGAGAGCAACAUAUGGUCCAGAGAGGGGCUUAGCAGUGGCGGCGUGUCAGAUGAGUGGAACAGUCAGGCUGUCAGUGAGGAGCAGGAGAAGGAGGAAGAGGAGGAAGUGGCAAAUGUUUUUUGUUCUACCUGCAAGAUACCAAUCCGAGCUUUUGACAAACUAUUCGGUGAGCACAAGGAUCAUGAAGUGACUCAGCUGCCCAGUGCCUUGGAAAGUGAAAAGGAAGAGAUUCAUAAAAACAUGUGCAAGUUAGAAGAACAGAUUGCUCAGAUGGAAAAUAUUGCCAGUCAUUUGGAGGAAAUCUUCCUCACUGUAGAGGAAAACUUUGGGAAGCAGGAGCAGAACUUCGAGGUGCAUUACAACGAUGCAGUACAACUGCUUGCUCAGAAGUACGAAGAACAGCUGGAAGCAUUGGGAGAAGAGAAGAGGCAGAAGCUGGAAGCUCUGUAUGAGCAGCUGGUCAGUUCUGGGAAACAUCUCGACACCUGCAAGGAACUGACAGACAAAACCCAUGAACUUUUCCUGGAAAGUGACAAAGCUGAAUUUAUGAAGGCGGCAGUAACCAUGGUUGACAGGCUGCAAGAAUUCUUAAAGCAAGAAGUCAAUUUAGAACUUUCAACACUGCCAGACUUUGAAGAGAGGGUCAUAGAUUUCUCUGAAGUUGAACAACUCAUGAACUCCAUUAAUGCUAUUCCAGCUCCUUGUGCCCCUAUGAUCAAUCCCCAGGCUCCAAAUGCAGCAACUGGCACCUCACUGAGAGUUUGCUGGGGCCUCUUCUCGGAUGACACUGUGGAGAGCUACCAACUGUGCUAUAAACCAGUGAGCAACGAGAGGCACAGUGAUGAGCAGGCAGAGAAUACCCUAAAAGUCAAAGAAACAUACUGCACCAUUACUAAUCUGUUGCCGAACACACAGUAUGAAUUUUGGGUCAGUGCUUUAAAUGCCUCUGGUAUCAGUCCACCAAGUGAAAGAGCAGUUUAUGUAACAGCUCCUUCACCACCUAUCAUAAAGAGUAAAAAGAUCCAAAGCUGUGAAAAUGCAGCACUGGUGUGCUGGGAAUCUGGAGACAUUAACCCUGUUGAUUCCUACACAGUUGAAUUGUACAAGCUGACAGAUGAAGAAAACGAUGAUAUUAUUACCGAAUCUAUUGUUGGGAUUCCUAACUGUGAAGUCCUAAUUCACCUCCAGCCAACACAAAGGUAUCACAUCUGUGUUAGAGCCCAAAACCUGGGUGGCUCCAGUGAAAGAAGUGAACCUGUCCUGAUACACACCACAGGCACCUGCUUCUACCUUAAUGAGGACACAGCCCAUCCUCUACUGGCAAUCCUAGAUGAUGGAUUUACAAUUUCGUGUGAUGAACUGGAAAACCCAGAGUGUGAUCUGCCUGUCUAUGAUAACAGCUUUACAAGGUGUAUUGCAAUCCUGGGCAGUCUGAUCCCAUUUCCAGGAAAGCAUUACUGGGAGGUGGAAGUUGAGGAAGAUACAGAGUACAGAACUGGCGUGGCUUUUGAGAACACUCCAAGACAUGGUCACCUGGGGGCAAACAACGCAUCCUGGUGCAUGAGGCAUAUCAUCACACCAUCAAGGCACAAGUACGAGUUCCUGCACAGCGGGAUGACACCAGACAUCAGAAUUACUAUUCCCCCUAGAAGGAUUGGCAUCCUGCUGGACUACGAGAACUGCAGAUUGUCGUUUUUCAAUGCAGAUAUUGCCCAGCACCUUUACACAUUCAACUCAUGCUUCCAGCAUUAUGUCCACCCCUGCUUUGCUCUGGAAACACCUGGUAUCUUACGGAUACAUACUGGAAUUACAAUACCUCCUUGGACUGCCCUCCUAUAACCUGUGUUCUGCAGCUACCACACCCACAUGUAAUCUGCCCUAAGCAAUGCCCUCUUUCAGCAUCAACUGUUCUAUCAGACUCCCUACAAACCAGCUGUUUCCCAAGAAAAAGAGCAAAGCAACCCUGACCCAGAUCAGCUGCCAGGCCUGAACCCUUACAAGUUAUAUCCUCUUAGGAAGGAUCUUAGCAGAAAGCCACUAUGGUCACAAGAUCCAUCAGCAUCACAGAAUUCUUCACUUAGAAAUAAAUACCAUCCUCCUCCGAGGUGACACUUGUCACCAUGCAGCAGUGGCAGCUGGAUCCCUUGGGUGAUCACUUGGGUGACCCCAAUACCCAUCUGAAGCCCAGGGAACUCCCCAGUUCCAGAGCAAUCAUUAAUUCUACUCCUGAGGCUGCUGAAGAGCCAAACAUUCAAAGAAAAACAAAAAUAGCAAGAGGCAUGAACAGUGUACAGCUGCUGAAAACACUCCAACCAUGAAGCUGAUCUCACAAUCAAGUUUUCUUGUUGCUACAUGAAGUCUGUGACAUGAGAUAAUCAAAUACACCUCCCUUGUGUGUGAACUGUUAGCGCCUACAUACCCAGUGAGGCUUCCUGAAACACCCAAGCAUGCACUACAGUCUCAAAUGUAACACACUUCUACAGAA